AUGGGAAACUAUGACGAGCAAGGCCUGAAGGUGCAGCCACAGGAAGCAGCAGGCGUAGAGCUUCCUUGGGACGACGCGCGGCAGCUGGUAGAAGCAAUCGUACUGUCUCGAGUUGACACACCGGAUGAUGCAGUAAAGGUGCUCGGACAGAGUUGGGUUCCAACUUGGGACGGCUGGAAAGAAUUGCGCCAAUGUGCGACAGAGCGCUGUUGUGUUGCAAUCGCGGAGCGACUGUGCGACAUUGCCCAGCAGAAUGCCCCUUACCAAAGCAAGACCGACAUUCAUGCAUUGCAGGCUUUGGCGUCUGAAGGGUUCAUUUGGCGGAAAGCGGUGUCACACGGCGUGAAUAACUGCUUGAUCGAUUCCCUGAUGUUGUGCCUGUCGUAUGAACACAUUUUGCCCAAUAACUUAACAACAGAUGUCACGGCAAGGCGACGCGUUGCAGCUGCAUGCAGAAAGCAUUUGAUUCAAGAGAUUGGGGACGAAGUGGCUCCAGGCAGCAAUGGGCUUUUCCCGUUCCUGGAUGCGCAUCGGGAUGGCCCCAGAAUUGUAGACUUUUUGCUUCAUUGGUUUCGCGUUGUUGCGCGCUCGAAUAUGCUAAUUCACGUGCAUGACAGAUUUGGUGAGCACGCUGCAGGAUCGCAACUCAAUGAUUUGCAGCGAGAGCCGCAGAGAAGCGGUGGCACACCUGAGAAGCCGAGUUGCAGCAAGGAUGCACGCUUUCACCUAUGUAGAACAUGCCAGGCAAGUUUAGAACCGAAGCAACUAGAGGGCAACGAAGCCUUCGAUUUACAGCAUCAUCUCGCGAAGGCAGUGAGUGCUGAGGUACAUGUGUACGAUUCAACUACCACUGACCUCAGUGUACCGCGCGAUGUUUACACCAUCGGUCGACUUGACAGCUUGCUGGUGCCAGUCUUCCGCCUCUAUCGCUACAAAAACGGCCGUUACGCCGCCUUGUUGCCUGCUAACCCAGCAGAACGGCCUGUGUUCACAAGUGGCGCCUCGCAGACAGCAACGCAGCAAGAUGCAAGUGCAAGUCCAGCGCGCAAAACAGAGAUGAACGUGCCUCCUCGCCGUGUGCGCCACAAAGCACCGCCG